AUGGGCACACCCGACGCAGCUUUUGACGUCGAUGAAAGCCAUCGGCAUCUGAUCUUCUUGACUUUCAUACGGAUGCUUUUCCGACUCAAAGAACCCAAGAUAAACUUCUUUACGGAUCCACUGCCACAAGGCCCCAACGAUGGUCAAGAGCAUAUUCUGUACGCGCUGAAUAGCCUCGCGCGAUCGCCGGUGGCAGUAUCGUCGAUGUGUGGCCGCUCUGAGCUCAGGCAUAUCGCCAAUCAAGCGCAACUAUUUCACAUCGGCCACUUGGCAGCCUCGAGCGAUCUGAUAAACAUUUUAUAUCCGGCAAUACGGUUUUUUGCUGGGACCAGAGGGAUCCACAACGAUUUCAAGUCAGUGCACUUGCUUGUAGCUGCCCUAGCUACAGCCAAUCAGGCCUCGAUUCGCAAGCUCAUCUACCACUGCGCCCAGAUCCUAGCAUUGGUCCGUCGAUACCCUACUGGCUGGAUCUAUGAGCCUUUCAUUGUUUUCCAUGCUGGAAUCAUUCUAUUUUUAACGGCCGGGCUUAUUCCUCCGCCUUGUUCAUCUGCUGUGGCGGGUGCCACGCUCCAACUUGAUGACAUAGAGGUGACACGGUAUACUUCGCCAAGCGCGAAAAUUGCAACCUGGGUUCGUGACGGCGGAGACAAGGUAAUCAGUCUCGACCGGAUACCCGUGCUAUGUUGUCGAGAAGGCCGCCAGGAGCUUCUUGAGUAUACCGCCGAACUUCUCAAAAGAGGAGGCUGGGAAAUCGGACGCGAGUUUGUCAAGUUGUUAUUUUUAUUCCGUGACCCUAUAUGA